UGACGUCGACCAAUGAGAUUAUAGGUUUAUUCCGUAGGCUUGGUUCCGGAGUGGCCUGUUAAUAUUGGGAGUAGCAGGUGAAAUAUCGGUCUCCCUCCACACUGACAACAUGAAUAUGUACGCUGUGCCCAACCCGGAAAUACCAGGCUGUCCACCUGGGUUAGAGUACCUGACUCAGGUGGAUCAGCUACUCAUAAAACAGAAGGUUGAGCUUGUUGAAGCCCUCGUUGGUUUUGAAAGCAACAACAAGUAUGAAGUCCGCAACAGCAUGGGUCAGAACGUGUUCUACGCUGUCGAGGAGAACGACUGUCUGAGCAGACAGUGUUGUGGUCCCCUGCGCCCCUUCACCAUCCACGUCCUCGACAAUUUUGGACAAGAAAUGAUCACAGUCACCAGGCCGCUGAAGUGCAUGUCUUGCUUCUUCCCGUGUUGUCUACAAGAGCUGGAGGUGCAGUCUCCCCCCGGUAACACAGUGGGGUACGUUAUGCAACAGUGGCACCCGUUCUCCCCCAAAUUCAUCGUCGCGGACGAACACUGUGAGCCUGUACUGAAGAUCCACGGGCCCUUCUGUGGAUGGAGCUGCCUACCAGAUGUUGACUUUGAGAUUUUAACGAUGGAUGAGGUCAGUAAGAUUGGGAAAAUCAGCAAACAGUGGACAGGACUUCUUCGGGAAGCAUUCACAGAUUCGGACAACUUUGGUAUCCAGUUCCCCAUGGAUCUGGAUGUGAGAAUGAAGGCCGUAAUGAUCGGUGCAUGUUUUCUCAUUGAUUUCAUGUUUUUUGAAUCUACCAACUAAGAGCCAAACAGGACAUCUAUGUAAAACUACAAACAUUCCUGGAAGAACAAGGUCACAAAGCCAUGAUGAUCAGUCCCAAAUGCCCGAACAUAGAACAACCUUCAAACAGAUAGUUUAAAGGACGUACCAAAAGGUACCCAAAUGUUAUAAUUUUGCAUGAACAAUGAAAUCGAAGGUUUGUUUUAGUCUUAGCUGCUCAGGUUGGUUGUUUAAACGUGGGCUGCGAGCACACAGUGCAGUGUUCAUUUUUGUUUACAUUAUGGUUGCUGAGCCCAUCUGGGCCCACAACCUUUACUUACUACAGAAAAAUAGUAGGAUUGCAUCCAUAUACAAGUAAAUGACAAAGGGACAAAUGUAAGCAAGUAUUGUAAUACAGUUGGGGAAGAAGGAGUCUGGUGUCAUCAGGAUCAGCAUGCCACGGGGCUCAGCCAAAUAGCACUUGUGUAACUUGGUCAUAUUAAUAGUCACGAUGUUAUAUAGAACACUAUGCUUGUAGCUUUAUUGUGUGAGAACUGGAGGACUCAUGUAAGGUCAUAGUUUAUAGUUGAGAUAUAGCAAUCUGUUAUUUAUUCAUUUAGUUAUUUAUUUAUUUAUUUAUUGUUUCUGUUGAACAAUUUGUCAACAUAGAGUAAUGUGUGUGUGUGUGUGUGUGUGCACUGCUUUGUGUGCAUGUCUGUGUGCUAUGAGUGUAUUUGUGUCUUGUUUUUUUUUUUAACUGAAACAUAAACUACCAUAGGAUGAGACUAAUAUGUUCAAUGCCAUAAUAAUUAUGCAUAGUCAAUUCAAGGAUGUAUAUUUGGGAACAGAUGGGUUAUGGCUGGAUGUGUUCCAGUCUUGUCCACAAGAGGGAGCUAGCUUUUCAUUUAAGAAUAACCCAACACAGCCCAAAUGGACAAAAUCAAUACCUGCUUAUGCCAUAGGUUUUUAUUCAAAUAGUAUUGUCUGAUGACAUUGUAUAUUUUUUGGAUAAACUCAGGUUGAAAUGCAUGCUAUUGUAUGAUAGUGAUGGCUACUGUUGGCUCCGGGAAUGACACACCUGCACCUGAUACUAUGAAUAUAAAAAUAAGUCAUUUUUGAAAGAUUUUGUAUGUUAAAUUAUCUGCAUAUCAUAUCCAUAAUUUUUUUCAGCUGAAAUUGUUCUCACUGUUGCAUUGCACAUGGUGUGAUAGCUCUACAUGUGUCCGAAAUGCAAGAGUUAAAUAAAAAUUCAAUUUCCGUCAAUGGCUAUUAGUAGUGCUGUACACCAUGCUUCACUGUAAAAUUCAAACAUGAUUUAAUGAGUCUGAUUCGAAGUGAAAUGAAAAACUGUAGCAAAGACAUUAUCCAUUUGCUACAUCAACAUUAAGGCCGUUAAGAGCUCUUUUGUAGCAUCAUGAUAAACAUCUUUCUUCACAUUUAUGUCAACAGCGGUUCUGGAAAAUGAAAAGAGAUGCUGAGUCUUAAAGGUUUAAAUGCUUGUAUUUUUGUCAAAGUAUUACAAGAACCAGUUGCAAGAGCUAAUGUUUUCAGUGUAGACUUACAUUUUAUUGUGUCAACAGUGUUUGAUUCUACCUUUAAUAUAUUGACUCUAGAUUCCUCUCAUCCUUUAUGAGCAGUAUUUUUCAAAACUUGAUUUUAAAUACAUGAUUAAGUACUUAAAAUGGACGUUUUUGUAGUUUAUUCUGUUUCCAUGGCUUAAGUUGUUUAGAAACUACUAUAUUUAAGUAAAUUUGAUUAACAUUCUUGCCUUUUUCGUUGGCAUGUCUUGUUUGGUUGAAUGUAUUAAUAGUAUAAGAUGUUGGUGCUACAUCCUCUGAAGGCUCUUUGAUUGUGUUUAAAAGCCAAAAAAAUAAAGUCAGAAUGUGAUAUAAAGGGGGGUUUAGCUAUUCCCAAUCAUGCAGGCUAUAUAUUAACAAAAACAGUACUUAUUCUUCUACUUUUACACUUAUACUGUGAACUAAUUUGAGUCAUGCAAUGAUGGCAAACUAACUCUGUGAGCUAAGCUUAAAUUGUGCAAAUAGUCCAUGGAAACACUUCAAUAAAAAAAAUAUAUAUAUUGUGAUGUGUUUUUGUGUU